GAAGAAAAUACAAAAUGAUCUAAAUUUUUACAGUUGUGGAGGAGUUUUAUUAUCUUAUCGUAUAAACUGCUACUUGUAAGAUGCCUGAAGGUACAGAAGUCUUUUCAAAUCCCUAUGCCCCGUCUGGUAGUACAUUGGGCAUGGAUUCGAUGGAAGAUGAGGGUCCUGCUCUUACUAAUGAUGACUUCAGAAAACUGCUAAUGACACCAAGAGCAGCUGCUCCUGAUGUUGCCCCACCAUCUGCAAGUGUUGCUAAAUUAAAAGCACAAAGCAAAGUAUAUAAUGAACAUGAAAAUCCUGCUUCGCUAAGAAGAAAAAGGAAAAGCCAUUAUGCAAAAUUGAAGAAAAUUGAAGAAGAGAGAGAAAAAGAACUAGCAGCAAAGUACAGGGACAGGGCACGUGAAAGACGAGAUGGAUUCAAUCCAGAUUAUCAAGGAACAGAUGUGAAUCUUAAAGCAUCAGGAGAUUAUAAAGCAGUUGGUCCAACAGUUGAGGCAACAAAUACUGCAGCUGAAAUGAGAAAAAGGGCAAUUCAAGAAAGCAAAUUUUUGGGAGGUGACAUGGAACAUACACAUUUGGUGAAAGGUCUUGAUUUUGCCUUGUUACAAAAGGUGCGGAGUGAAAUUACAGCACAAGAAUACACAGAUGAGGAUUUGAUGAAAAAAGGAAAACAUAAACCUAAGAAUGAAAAAAGUAAACAAAUUGAAGAAAUUGAAGAUGAUGACGACAGUGAUGAAGAUGAUGAAAUGGAAUUUUCAACAGUGAUGGGACAAAAAAUCUACAAAUCAAUUUUUAAGAGCAGACCAGCUGACAAGAACGAACUUUUUCAACCCGGUAGAAUGGCUUACGUGUUCGAACUGGAGGAUGAAUAUGCUGAAAGUGACAUCCCAACCACCUUAAUAAGGAGUAAAGCUGAUUGUCCUGGAAUGGAGGCUCAAACGACAUUGACAACAAAUGACAUUGUUAUCAAUAAAUUGACACAAAUCCUGUCUUACCUCAGACAAGGCAUGCGGGGAAAGAAGAUGAAGAAAAAGGAAAGAGGUAAAAACAAGUCUGGAAUGGAUGAUCCGAAUGAUCAAAGAUAUCGAGGAAAAGUUCAAGGUUUAGACAGUAUUUACGAAGAUAUUGCUGAGUAUAACCCAGAUCACAACUCCCGAGAUAUCAAGAAAUCUAAAGAUGUGAAGAAAGAUAAACAUAACUACUUUGAGAAGCCCAUUCAUGGAGAAAGAAAUGUCGACGAUUCCAGAAAACCAGAAAUUUCGGCUAAAGAUUUCGCAAAGAGCGUCACAAAGCAGUUCAGUGACAAGGUUGUGUCAGAGCAAAAAGACAAGAAAAAAUCUGGCAAACAGAAAUCAAAAGAAAAUUACGAUCAUUACAGUGAAUGCUAUCCAGGAGGAAUGGACGCAGACUAUAACUAUGACAGUGAAGAAGAAGUGGAUUAUUCAAAAAUGGAUAUGGGAAACAAGAAGGGUCCGAUCAAAAGAUGGGAUUUUGAGACUGAAGAAGAUUAUAAUGCUUACAUGGAACACAGAGAAGCAUUACCAAAAGCUGCUUUCCAGUUUGGAGUAAAAAUGAGUGAUGGAAGGAAGACAAGAAGGACAGGUCCAAAAGAUGAGAAGGCGAAAUUGGACAGAGAUUGGAACAAAAUCAGUCAGAUAAUCUCAAAACGAAAAAGUGAUGGAGAUGAUCACGAGAGGUCACGAAGCAAACAAGAGAGCAAGAAGUCAAGAAUGUAUUGAUGUGCAUAUAUUGUAAUUAAACCAACUGGGGUAAUACAUGUGUAGCUUUUGUCCAAAUAUUAUUAAACUUAAUAUUAAUUAAUUAAGGAAAUGUGGACAUCUUGCUGGUUAGAUUCAGGUUUGAAUUCACCAUUGAAAUAUUGUUGUCCCCACUCAAAAUGCUGACCAAAUACUCUAAAUACAAUGCAGUUUUUUGUAUUAAUGGUAAUUAUAAAAAUAAUUAUUGUUACAAUAACUUGACCUAUUCACUCAUUACAUCUACAGCCAUCUUAGAGGUGAUUAAAGAUGAGUGCACAAACUAAAAGCUAUUGUUAUAAUAAUGCAAUCUAUUCACACAUACAAAUUUUAUUGGUUUA